AAAUUUUCUGCAAGGCCCAUUUGCUGGCAACAAACAAUUGUACUUUGCUUUUAGUCUGAAGCGAUUCCAGCUUAUUUCGUUUUAAGAAUUCUUAGAAGGAGGUCGACGAGUAGUUUAGUUCAACAAUGGCUAUAAGAUGGACUCAGGAGGUCGAAGGAGGCCCGCGGCGAGUGAAUCAUGCAGCAGUCGCCAUUCGAAAUCGCUUUAUAUUUAGUUUUGGUGGUUAUUGUACAGGCGAAGAAUACAACCAAAUUGUCAAUAUAGAUGUUCAUGUUUUCGAUACAGUUCCAUGCCGAUGGAUGAAGCUUCCUCCAGCAUCUUGUGAAUUUAAAGGAUGUGUUCCAUACAUGAGAUAUGGUCACAGUGCAUCAGCCAUAAGUGAUCUGGUGUACAUAUUUGGAGGAAGAAAUGACACACAUGGAGCCUGUAACAUACUCUACUGCUUUGACACAGGGAGCUUAACAUGGUCCAAACCUAAAGUAAAUGGAAAGCCUCCAGCUGCUCGGGAUGGCCACUCAGCUUGUGUUAUUGAAUCUAGGAUUUAUAUCUUUGGUGGAUACGAAGAAGAGGGAGAGUGUUUUUCGAAUUCAGUGGAAUAUCUGGAUACACAAACACUAACAUGGCACCAACCAAGAGUAACGUUUGGGGGCAGAGGAGAUAGACUUGGGCAGUACCAUUCUGGGCAGGAAGUUUACUCCAGUUCAGUUAGAGUGUUUGAUACAGUUAAGAAUUGCUGGUUUAAAUUAAACAAAUCAGGAAACAUACCCAUCGGAAGGCGGAGUCACUCUGCAGUUGCGUACGGAAAACACAUUUAUGUUUUUGGUGGUUACAAUGGGAUUCAGAGGAAACAUUAUGGAGAGGUGUUUAGUUUAGACACAGAUACCAAUGUUUGGACAAAACUGGACAUUUCAGGACAUGGGCCGUGUCCACGAAGGAGGCACUGCUGUUGUUUGAUAGGAACCAGAUUGAUGAUCUUUGGCGGAACAAGCCCUGCCGCAGGAGAACCAGCUGACGAUGAAUAUCACCUUCAGGAUCAUUCUGAUCUGUACAUCUUAGAUCUUGAGCCGUCACUUCGGACAUUAUGUAAACUAGCUGUUAUUCAGUACAAACUGGAUCAAACACCUCUUCCCAAAGUACUCAAAACGGAGCUGAGUAUCAUGGAAGCCGGCAGAAGUUCUGUACGAUCCUCACAAGGAUAGCAAAGUUCAAGACGUGUUUGUUAAUUGUGACUUCCAUCGCACGUGCACGUGGGCUUCACGUGCAUAGUGGGUCCAUGUGUGUCACGUGGAGGAAUCAUCACGUAGAUAGCUUGGCGGGUACAUCAUAGAUAAGGCGUGAACAUAAGCCUGGGCUUAUCGAUCCUCUUCCUGUUGGACAUUUUUUACAAGAGCUUUUUAGAUAAGCAUACACAUUGUACAGCCGAACAACUUUGGGAUAGCUUUUGUAAACACUGCACCAACUUAUUCUCAACAACCUAUUAUGUGUUAUAUAUAAGCUUUGGAUCUCGGUCCCGCUUUGAGACAAACUCUCACAGAUACUUAGUACACAUUUGAAACACGCAGUGGAGGGACCCCCACUCGUCUCUCCCUCAUCAAAAAGGCAGUGAGACCAGUUCGUAUGCGCAUAUUUACACUUUAGCGCAACCUCAGGUCAAAGGAUAUGCUGAUGGGUUUUUGAUGCAUCACGUAAGAUUACUAAGAUGUCGUUAUACGUAAGGUCUCUUCUCCACUGAUUCAACUUACAACCCAAUUAAGCAGUACAGCUAACUCAUUAACGCAAAUACAAUCUACCCUAAAUCUAAAUGUCUAAUCUGCAAAGGACAAUACAGCCCAUCUUCAGCAGAUAUACCCACCCAUCUCAUCCCAAGGGAGGACAUCCACCACACAGUAAUCUCGUGCGUGGAAAAUUAACUUCUCCUACUCCUACAUGAUAAUGCCUUUUCUUAGCUAAUUUAAAGCAGUUUUCUAUACAUCAGCUAUCUUGAGUAAUACCGCUACAUAGUUAUUCGAGAUCUUGACAUUUCUCCGAUGUGACGCCAUUUUAGAACUGGUGACUUUAGGAGUGACCGCCAAAUGAGUUACGUCAUCUCAUCCAACAUGGCGACUUUUGGUCAUAUGAAUCCACAUUCUUCAACAUAAAGAAUUUUAUAGGUUGUUCGAAUAGUUUUUUUUUAAUCUUAGGCAUUUUAAGUUUCAUUAGUAGCCAUUUAUAACGCUAGGACAUGGUAUUCGACCGAUAUAGGGGAUAAUUAUUUUAGUUUUGGUUUUGUUUACCUUCAUGUUGGCUAUAAUUUUAUUGCAAAGAAUUAAUGUUAGUAAAAUAAGAACUUGAAUAGGAGAACUGCUCUUUGUAUAUAUUAUUCCUAAAUAACUUAUGUGUUGUAUGUUGUACUGUCAGACAGUUAUAAUUACUAGAGUCCAAAUUGGAACAGUUGCUUAUAGCUAUGGAAAAAAUAUUUUUACUUUUAUAUGCUUACGAGUGCUUUAAAUUGGAAGUGAAUUGUAUUAUAUCUUAAAAGAGACAAUUGGGAAUUUAUUUAGAGGGCGAGAGGAAUUUCUUUUUAAAAAUAUUCAAUUUAUAAUGCUUUGUUAAUAUGUAAAUUUUCAGAGAACUCGUUUGUUAACUAAGUUAUUACAGUAUAGGGUAAAUUUAUUAAUUUUUUUGCACAAUUUUUCUUUCGUUGAUUUUAUCGCUAAGUUGCAUAUUUCUUCAAGAAGAAAAGAAUAAUUUUUGGAGUGAAAGUAAGAUCUCAGAUUUUUACACGGGCACGAAAUAGAAUUUUUUCCGUUUUAAUUUAAUUUUUCAAAGUUAUAACUUAAGUCUUAUUAGUGAAUUACACUGAUCUGUAUUUACAAUUGAAUUAAGAAGUUACCCAUCACAUCGAA